UCACAGAUGAAUUAAAUUUCAUUCAGUUUCCGUCUCAUACACCGUGGGAGGUUCUCUUGGCGCGAGCGCUCUAGCUUCGCAGCCAUGUGACCGUCUUGUUUGCAUUUCACUCCGCUCCGUGAAAGUAUUAUCAGGUCACUUUCUGCCGCACCAACGGCAAAUAAACAAUCCAAAGAGUGAUAGGAGAUGAUGAGCAGUUGAUUUACAAACUCUCUUCUGAAGUUGUUUAAUUGAGGGUGUCUCGUGGAGAGCACCGGCAUUGAUAAGAGAACGGAGGGGAAGCACGGCUGAGAAUUAUCAAUUAAGUGGAUGAAAAACGCGUUAUCACAGAGAGGAGUUUCCUGCACGAGGAGAUUGCGGGGACGGGAAGUGAACAGAAAAGAGAAGGGGACGUGUUGAGUUUUGAGACUUUCAGCUCGAUCGAACACUCCAGUCGUGCUGAGAAGGUCAUAUUGGACGGAAUGGCUGCUGCAAUGAAGAGUGAGAAAAUCGGUGUGAUCGGGAGUGGCCUAAUUGGGGGUUCAUGGGCUAUGUUGUUUGCUUCCGUGGGCUACCAAGUCACCAUCUACGACAUCAUCCCUGAGCAGGUGGACAAAGCUCUGAAGCAGAUUGAGGAAGAGUUAAAGAGGCUCGAAGUUGGUGGACUACUUCGAGGAAAGCUGACAGCAGCCCAACAAUUCUCCUGCAUCCGUGGCUCAACGGAUCUUGCUGCAACACUCAAGGAUGCAAUCUUUGUGCAGGAAUGUGUUCCGGAAAAUCUCGACCUGAAGCAUAAGGUCUACAAAGAAAUUGACAAGUUUGUAGAUGCCCGGACAAUCCUUUCCAGCUCUACGAGCACCUUCAUGCCAUCACUCUUCAGUAAGGAUCUAAAGCAUCGAGAACAAGUAAUUGUAUCGCAUCCUGUUAAUCCUCCAUACUACGUCCCUCUCGUGGAGGUAGUCCCAGCUCCUUGGACGCGUCCCGAUGUGGCGAAGAAAACACGUGAAAUAAUGGAGGAAAUUGGCCAGAAGCCCGUCUCCCUGAGUCGAGAGAUUGAGGGAUUUGCUCUCAAUCGCAUCCAGUAUGCCAUUCUCAAUGAAGUGUGGCGCCUCGUGGCCGAUGGGAUUCUCAACGUGAAGGACAUCGACAGCGUAAUGUCCGAUGGUCUGGGCAUGAGGUACGCCUUCCUGGGACCCCUUGAGACAGCUCAUCUCAAUGCCGAAGGCAUGAUUAGCUACUGCGAACGCUACAGCAAGACAAUCUUUGCUGUUAGUGAAACAAUGGGUCCUACUCCAAAAAUGGAAGGACCCCAAGUUGCAGAAGUCGCCAAGCAAUUGGAAGAAAUGUGUCCACUUGACAAACUCCCAGAAAGACGUGCCUGGCGUGAUGAUUGUCUCACAAAAUUGAGUAUGCUAAAGAAGGAGCAAGAGAAGAAGAACUAAAGAAGCGUUUUUGCAGCUGAAUUUAGAGAAAUUUCUCCAUUUUUUGCACUUUUUUUUGUUCUCUUUACCAAUAAAAAACCGUUGAGAAUUUGAA